UAACUAUUGGCAUAAAGGAUUUUGGGGAACUAUUACUAUUACUACUAUGUGCUGGCUGAGGUGGCAAGCUACUAUUAGCCAGAUUCACGUGUCCCCUCUUGAGAAAUUUUUACGACUAAAAAACCUCUCAAAAACCUUUGGCAUUUCCGAUUAAAUUUUCUCCGUUUUCGUCUCCGGCGACACGCGAUGGCGGUGCGUGCGACGGUGACGCGGUUCCCGGAGAACCAGGAUGCCUUGGAAUCAUGUGGGCUGCCAUGGGGAGUCACACUGACGCCAUUCGCCGCGAGGGACGAGAACGGUAACCCUCCCGCUUACGGAUCGGACGGGGACUUGUUGCCCCGAUGCGAGAAUUGCUGGGCUUACUACAACACUUUCUGCGAGCAAGAACAGUGGGCAUGGACUUGUGCUCUCUGUGGGACCCUUAAUGGUCUAUCCUCCCAAGCUAUUGCUCGCUACUCUCUUCCCCAGUCUUGCCCCGAGAAUACCUCAUCUUUCAUCGACCUGGAAUUGCCUUUAGAAGAAUCAGAAGAAAUACAGCCAACCCCUGUGUAUGUCGCUGCAGUGGAUCUUUCAUCUUCAGAAGAGUUUCUGGAACUCAUAAAAAGUGCUCUUUUAGCUGCUUUGGAAGCUCUUGGGCCAGGAUCCCUCUUUGGUCUGGCUACUUUUAGCCACAAAGUUGGUCUAUAUGAUGUGCAAGGUGCUGUUCCAGUGGUGAAGAACGUUUUCAUUCCCCCAGAUUCAGAUGGCAGCCUUCCAAUUGAUCUUGAGGAUGUGAUGCCUUUAUCUUCAUUUUUGGCCCCGGUUGAUACGUGUAAGGAUCGUAUUGCUGCUGCUCUGGAAACCCUGAGACCGACAAAUUCAUGGGAAAGGACCACUGCUGCAGGUCAAGGAUUAGAUGGAGUUUUGCUAGGUGGACGAGGUUUUGGUGUGGCAAUGGAUGCUCUUUUGAAUUAUCUUGGGUCAGAAUAUGGGAAUACGUUUGCGUUAGGGAGAAUCUUCGCUUUUCUGUCUGGUCCACCUGAUUAUGGUGCUGGACAACUUGAUACAAGAAGAUAUGGCGAGCAAUAUGCCAGUAAAGGAGAGGAUGCAGAUCGUGCUUUACUCCCAGAGCAGACACCUUUCUAUAAAGAUUUGGCUGCUGUUGCUGUUCAAGCAGGUGUUUGUGUUGACAUAUUUGCCGUCACAAAUGAGUACACAGAUCUAGCAUCCUUAAAAUUUCUAAGUAUCGAGAGUGGAGGGUCACUUUUUCUAUAUGCAAAUACAGACAAUUCAACACUUCCUCAGGACAUGUAUCGCAUGUUGAGUCGUCCAUAUGCUUUUAAUUGUGUUCUUCGUCUGAGAACAUCCUCUGAAUUCAAAAUUGGCCACUCUUAUGGUCAUUUUUUCCCAGAUCCGCAAUAUGAGAAUGUCCAACACAUCAUUUGCUGUGAUUCUUUUGCCACCUACGCUUAUGAUUUUGACUUUGCAAAUGAUACUGGGUUUUCCAGGCACACUUCAGAACUUCCUAUGCUGCAAUUUGCAUUUCAGUACACGGUUGUAGUACCCCCGGAGGAAUUGUCGAGCUCAUCUCCAAGUUCCUCUACCAGAAACAAGCAUUCCUUAAAGAGAAGAUUAAGGAUCCGCACUAUACAACUAGGGACCGCUCAUAAUUUUAAUGAAAUUUAUGACAGUGUUGAUCCAGAAGUGGUAUUGUCUAUACUUGUUCACAAGGUCAUAUUAGCAUCUUUGGAACAAGGAGUUCGAGAAGGCAGGAUGUUGCUUCAUGAUUGGCUUGUUAUCCUCACCGCUCAGUACAAUGAUGCUCUCAAACUUCUUCAGUUUGAGCAUGGAAGUUCAGGACCACAAGUUGAUGUUGCCUUCUCCCAGUGUCCUCAGCUGCAGCCUCUACCACGCUUGGUAUUUGCUUUGCUGCGAAAUCCUCUUCUUCGCCUACAUGAAGAAGGUGUUCAUCCAGAUUAUCGGAUAUACCUACAGUGUCUAUUCAGUGCUUUGGAACCUUCAUCUCUUCUCCGAGCUAUAUAUCCAAUGUUGACAUCGUAUUCCACCCCGGAUAAACAAGCCUUUCCUCGCCAUUCCUUGAGUCGUGCUGCAUUGAUGACGAGUGGAAGUCCGAUAUUUUUCCUUGAUGCCUUCACUACUCUGAUUGUAUUUUAUUCCUCCACAGCAGACGCGUCACUCCCUUUUCCUCCACCCCAAGAUUGUUUAUUGAGAACUACCAUAAACCAGCUAAAGCAAGAGAGAAGCAUUACUCCGAAACUCAUGUUUAUCAGAGGAGGGCAGGAUGAUGCCACAGUUUUUGAAAACUAUCUAAUCGAGGAACAGGAUGUGGAAGGCAUCGGCUUCUCUAGCGUCAUGGGAUUUGUUUCCUUCCUGGAGGAGAUAAAUCGCGGGGUGUUAGAAUACCUGAAAUAGGCGAUCCACAUAUUCAUUAAUAACAUGUAAAGUUAUAGCGGGGAUUGAAUGGCUGGCAUUGCAACAAGAGGAUGUGUUGUCGAUUGUAGUUGCUGUCAGAGAGAUGAAAUGUCUUGAAGAUUUGUAGAUGAGGCAUUUCAGUUUCCAAUCUUGUACCGAUCUUUUUAAUUCUUAUACAUAUAUACACAGUCUGGGAAGAUCUUGGUGAGAGCACUUGAGGAAAUGAUUAAUCUUCCAAUAGUUUUUGUAAGCUACUGACAAAUCAUUCAUCUUGUUGAAUCAAUUCCAAUUUUGAUCCUGUGUACCGGGUUCCUUGCUCUUACAUUGCGUUUCAAACAGUGAAAAUAAGAAUGUCCGACUCUGGUAGGUUCUCGUCGUUAUUAUUUUUCAUUUUUUAAAUAUUAAAGAAUGUCAGGCAAGACAGUAUGAUCUCAUUUUCUCAUUCAUGAAAGCUGAUUUUUUCUAAAAUGUAUUGAAG